AUGGCUUCUCGCGUGUAUCUGUCUUUGGUCAAUAACGGCAUUCUUAGAGGCUGGUUUGCAGGGAUCACCAACGGGUUCGCUCAUGUCGAAGUAGAUGUUCUCUUCUUGAGAAUCGUCUUCGACAAAAUUUACACGGCGCCACUUCAAUACGCGGUCGCAUUAUUAGCAGGAGACCUGAAGUGUUGUUCACUUGUCUUGCAUAUUGAGAAGAAGAGCCCUGGAGCUGGAGAUAACCUUGGAAGCGGUCAUCGGCAAGACCUGCUUCAAAUACCGUUACAAUACGUUACAUACGCCUAG